GAGAUGAUAAACACACUCACACACACUGUUAAGUUCUGUGCUGUGGUGAAUGUGCGUUCAAGGGCUGGUGUGUAUUGUCUCCAUUCUCUGGGAAAAGUAUGCAAAGUUGUGUGUUGAGUGUGUCCCGCAGUAUGUGCGUGUCUGCGGAGAUAGGAGUUGGUGUUGUGUGUUGUUAAUGGGGCUCUCAUUGUGAGGAUGAGUGACUCGUUGGAGAGGACCACCGACAUCCCUCUGCCUGGGCCCUCAGAGAAAACCCCCAGAGAUGGCUCUGACCCUGGGGAAGAGGGUGAAGGGGGUGAUGGAAGUGGGAUGCGUUGGGAAGAUGGAGGCCUGUCUGUGGAGCUUCAGAGGGGGAUGGAGACGCUUCGUGUGAGUGGAGAGCUGACCGACGUGACUCUGCGAGUUGAGGAACAGGACUUCCCCUGCCACAGAGCUGUGCUCGCCGCCGCCAGCCACUACUAUAGGGCGAUGUUCUGCAGUGGUCUGAGAGAGAGUCAUGAGAAGCAGGUGGAGAUUAAAGGGGUGGACAGUGAGACCAUGAAGACUCUACUGGACUACACCUAUACCAGCCGAGCCACCAUCACACACACCAACGUCCAGAGAACACUGGAGGCCGCCAGCCUGUUCCAGUUUCCUCGUGUAGUGGAGGCCUGUGCAGGGUUCCUGGCUGACUCUCUCCAGCCAGAGAGCUGUGUAGGUGUACUGCGUCUGGCUGAGGCCCACUCAUUGCCUGCCCUGAGAGACAGGGUCCAGGACUACCUGGUUUCAGAGUUCUCCAGAGUGGUUCAGCAUGAGGAGUACCUGGAGCUGCCAGCGGGGGCGUUGCAGAACGCUCUGAAGAGAGAUGACCUGGGAGUGACACGGGAGGAGAGUGUGUUUGAGGCUCUGAUGCGCUGGGUGCGAGCAAAGGAGGAGGAGAGAUGCCUCCUACUAGCUGGUCUUCUGUCAUACGUGCGUCUGCCACUGCUGGAGCCGGCUUACUUCCUGGAAACGGUGGAGGCCGAUCAGCUGAUUCGCCGCUGUGACGAGGCCUUCACCCUACUGCAGGAGGCCCGCACCUACCACCUGUCAGGCAACGAGGUGGUCACGGAGCGUACUAAGCCUCGUUUACAGCACUACCUAUCUGAGGUGUUCAUGAUCAUCGGUGGCUGCACCAAAGAGGAGCGCUUCGUUGCCACUGUGACCUGCCUUGACCCUCUGCGCCGCAGCCGGCUGGAAGUCGCCAAGCUGCCAAUCACAGAGAUGGAGGAGGAGUCCCACAACCGGAAGUGGGUGGAGUUUGCUUGUGUCACCUUCCGGAAUGAGGUGUUCAUAUCCGGAGGAAAAGAGACACAGCACGAGGCGUGGAAGUACAACGGUGCCCUGGACAGGUGGAUCCCCAUUGAGCCCCUAGUGACUGGACGCUGGAGACACAAGAUGGCGGUUCACGGGGGGAAGGUGUAUGCCCUGGGGGGGUUCGAUGGGACUCAGAGACUCACCAGCGUGGAAGCCUACGACACAUUUCACAACCGCUGGACACCGGCCCCGCCCCUCCUGUUGGGCGUCAGCUCAUUCGCUGCAGCAAGCUUCAAUAAGUGGAUCUUUGCGAUUGGGGGAGGGCCCAACGGGAAGCUGGCCACUGAUAAGCUGCAGUGCUGGGAGCCAGGGACUGAGAGCUGGGGCCUGCGGUCGCCCAUGCCCAUCGAGGCUAAAUGUACUAAUGCUGUCACCUUCAGGGAACGCAUCUAUGUAGUUGGCGGUGCCAUGCAUGCUCUGUACUGCUACUCCCCCCAGUCAGACAGCUGGUCUAUGGUGACCCGGCUGGGCGAGAGGGCGAGCUGCGCCAUCGCAGCCUGUAACAACAAACUAUUCAUCACUGGUGGCCGUGACGACAAGAACCAGGUCAUCUCCACGGUGAUGUGCUGGGACCCAGUCACAACCACAAUGACAGAGGAAUGUGUGUUACCGCUUGGUGUCUCUCACCACGGAAGCGUCACACUCCACAAGUCCUACACGCACAUACACAGGAUAGCACCUGCAACCGUGUCGGUGUGACAGAGAGCUGGGACUAUGUGUGUGAGAAUGAAUGUGUGGAGAAAAACAUAGGUGGAUGAGGAGCAUGGACUGUGUGUGGGUGUCAGCUUUUUGACUUAUUGUAAGUUGUCUGUGAAAUAACUAAAUGUAAUGCUGAGUGUAGUCUCAUAACAUUUUUAAAAGUGUAAUGUCACAUUCAAACCGGUACCACUAAAUACAUCUAAAAAUGAAAUUUGCAUGAGUUGACUUUCUAUCUGUAUUAUGGGAGUGUUCUGUCAGAACACAGAGGCAUCUAUUCAUGUGCUGAAUUCACACCCAACCCACGGUUUUCACACCCACAUGACCCAGUUAUAACCUCUCUGUCUUUCACAGCAGAUGUACAGUUUUGUGGUUAUUAUGGUUUCAUAACUACCUUGAAUCUAUGCAUUCUUUCUCUUCUCUCACUAACACUUCUCUUUUUCUACUAGCACUGACUUUACUGAUAUUACUUAAUUGAGGAGAAAUGUGACAGUAAUAUGUGGUUUUCUCACCUAGCUAUCUUAAAAUGAAUGUAGGGAUCAUAAAAUGUAUUUACCUCAUGUGACAUUAGACUUGAAUUUUCAUGCCAAUUUUUGUGCCCGGGUUACCUGGGAGAAAAUGAAUUAUUCUUGGGAUGGAACAUUUGUAAAAUCCAAGGAAAAUAUUCAACCCUAAUAUGAACCAUGAGGGGCAGGCAUAAGUGACACUGGACUAGCACAGACACCACAGUCUUUAAGGUGUCUAUAGCAAGGUUUCCAUCCAAUUGGCAACAGAUUUGUAUGCAAAUAUUCUCACAUUUUCAUAUAAACAAAAUAUGAGCAUAUCAGGGUUUCCUUUAAGAACAUUUGGCACCGAACAAUGUGACAACGAAGAUUUUAAUUUACCAGACAUUUGAGAAAUGUACUGGACAUCCAUAUUCAGAUCCGACUUGGCGCAGGCAGCACCAUCUAUAAAUUGGCCAAAUGAGCCACAUUUAGAAGCUAAAUGUCCUUACAUUUUUUUUACCAAAACACUGUUUCUUGUGUUUAGAUGUGUAGCAUAUGCAAAGCUUUACAGACUAUGUUUGUUAUUGUUUUUUAUAAUACUUUCCGAAAUAAAUGAUUGUCUACCUCA